GACCUUGUCGCAGCGUCUUUCUUGAUUAAUGUCUAAUUUCAUUAGCUGUAAUUUCUUCACAGCAUCUCCGCGAUUUCUCUCCUUAUUCAUCCUACUAACAUGAGCCGGUAAACACCGGUGGAUCGCGCCGUCUCCGCGUUAUGCCGGAAGUCCCGACGCGUCUGGGCCGGACGCCGGCUCGCGCUCCGCGACUGCCGCGCGGUUGGCAGCUGCCCAACGGACGUUACCUGGCCUUCCCGGUGGUGGUGGACCCCUUCGGGAAUCGCUUUUACCGCUGGCAGUGCGUCAUCGCUUUGGCCGUGCUCUACAAUGUCUUCGUUAUUCCCGGCCGGAUGGCCUUCCAACAACUGCGCGAGCCCCAUCUGGACACCAUGUGGAUGGCGCUGGAUUAUAUCUGCGAUGGGAUUUAUUUGAUUGAUAUUGUCGUGCAUCUGUAUCUCGGGAUUCCGCGGAAAGGCAAUCCGGCAUCCGAUCUGCGCAUCUCGCGGCGGGAAUACUUCCGCAGCACGAUGUUCAAGCUGGACGUGAUCAGUAUCCUCCCCACCGACGUCUUUUACACCCUGCUGGGCACCCACUUCGCGGCGCUGCGUCUCAACCGGAUCUUGCGCAUGCACCGCAUCCACCACCUCAUCGAGCGCACCCGCAUCCACUUCGCCCAGGGGUUCUAUUUUGGCUUCUUCCAGGUGGUCAUGUACGCCAUCAUCUUCAUCCACUUCAACGGAUGCCUGUAUUACGCGCUCAAUUAUGGGCAAGGCUUUGGUUAUGAUGAGUGGACCUUCCCGGUAUUCACCAACAUGACCAACCCGGUGACGAACGAAAGUAUGGCGCAGGAAGGCAACUUCCUCAACCUGUAUCUCCGCAGCUUCCAGUGGGCCAUUGUCGUGCUGGCCCAGGACGUGGACGGCUUGAUCUACGCCAACGUCAUCGAGUGCCUGCUGCGCAUCUUCGUCACGAUCGAGGGCAUGAUGCUAUUGGGCGCAGGCAUCGCCAUCGCCGAGCAUCUGCUGGCCUCCAAGAACCGGCAUCUUGAAGCCUACCAACGCCGGCUGGACGCCGUGAAGCGGUAUAUGGUGCUGCGACCGGUGGAUAAGGCCAUGCGGAAGAGGGUUCUGGGCUGGUUUAAUUACGUCUGGGAACAGAAACUUUUCUCUGAUGAACAGACUGAUUUAGAGGUACUGUCGCCGAUACUGCGGCUGGCCAUUGCCAAAGCGGCGCAUAUGGAUACCUUUCAGCGCGUAAAACUUUUCCGCGGAUGCGAGCCCCAAGCCUUAGAAGAACUUAUCAUGCGGCUGCAGCUACAAUUCUACUGCCCCGGCGACCUGGUCUUCCGCAAGGGCGACCACGCCAACGAGAUGUACAUCGUCCGCUCCGGACUCCUCCAAGUGGUCAGCGAAGACGGGAAAGAAGUGUACGCCUCGCUCUCACAAGGCAGCGUUUUCGGGGAAGUAUCCCUCCUAGGCGGACUGACCCGCUCCGAGCAGAAGCGCACCAACACCGUCCGGAGCCAAUCCUACUCGGAGCUCUUUACCCUCUCCAACCAAGACUUCCAUGAAGUGUUGGAGAACUAUCCGCUGGCUAAGCAGGCGGUGUUGUCGCGCAGCCGGCCCGUUCGAACCGACGGCUCCCCGACAGAAGAGUUACCGCCGGCACGCACCGAGGCGGAGUCCCUGGAGACGCGGGUGGAGAAGCUGACGGGGAGGACGCCGCUGCUGCUGCACGAGAUCAACGCGGCUAUUGUGAGAAUGGCCUCCGAGAACAACAGGCUCAAGAAGACCCUGCACCGGCUAGAGAAACUGGAUAAAGUCCAUGACUUUCGCUAUUCUAGCGGCUAAUCAGGCUAGUGUUGUUUCCACAAGUUUCUUCUAGGAUAUAAUUUUGACGUUGAUGCGGCAGUAUUGAAACAAUUGUAUUUUUAUGAACUGUUCUUGAGCAGACGAAUAUUGUCUAAGCGGAUCACCAUGUUGAGGCUGUGUGAUAUAACCAGGCAGCUACCAGGAACGUAGCUUGACUGCGCACAAUUUACCGAACCUGGCAAAGCUGCCUCCGAACUUGAUUUUGGUUGGUUAUUUUUUCGUUCGUCACGGACGAUGUAACUUAAAAUUAGGCCUGCAAUUUAGCCGCACAGUGAUCUGAUGUAUCUCGAUUCUGGUAAUCGUAAUCACAGCCGAUUCGCGUGACCUUGCAUCCUUUUCUAACCUGUACAGUUCUCUGCUAUCUCGAAGUGCUGAAUAAGCAAUUCGAAGCUGACAAACGUUUUAAUAUGGACAAACAAACUAUUGAUAACGAAAUUAUUACUACAGUAAAUGACUGUAGACUGGCAAGACGCGGCGGAUCGAUGUUAGCAGAAUAAAGCACAAAC